UCCUCCCUCUCUACACCGCUGGGUGGGACCCCCGUGCGCCGCCAACCCCGCCGCAUAACCAAAUCAAUCCCCCACCCACGGCGAGCGUCACCGCCCGUAGGCCGUCGGCAUGGACGAGGAGAGGACGGGGGCGUGGUGGGGCCGCCGCGCGUGGGCGCUUCUGUCGGCCGUCCGCGAGCGGUCGCCGCUGGUGCAGUGCAUCACCAACCUCGUCUCCAUGGACAUCGCCGCCAACGCCCUCACCGCCGCCGGCGCCUCCCCCGCCAUGCUCCACUGCCUCCGCGAGAUCCCCGACUUCACCCCGCGCUGCCACGCCGUCUACAUCAACGUCGGCACCCUCUCCGAGGACUGGCUCCCCUCCAUGCGCGCCGCCGCCUCCGCCGGCCGCCCCUGGGUGCUCGACCCCGUCGCCGCCGCCGCCUCCGGAUUUCGUAUGGAGGCCUGCCUCGAGCUCCUCGCACUCCGCCCCGCCGUCGUCAGGGGCAACGCGUCCGAGAUCCUCGCCCUCGCCACCCGCUCAGACUCCUCCACCUCCUUCAAGGGUGUGGACAGUUCACAUGACUCAGGGGAGGCCCUACAAGCCGCGAAAGCAUUGGCACGGUCCAGCGGGGCAGUCAUUGCGGUAUCUGGAGCAGUUGAUUUCAUCACGGAUGGUGAGCAGGUCCUCAGUGCUAGCAAUGGUGUGGCAAUGAUGCAGAAGAUCACGGCGACAGGGUGUGCUGUGACUGCUCUUAUAGCGGCUUUUAUCGGGGCAGAUCCUUCCGAUGCUCUAGCCGCAGCGGCAUGUGCGCUCGCCAUCUUUGGACUUGCUGGAGAGAUAGGGAUGGAGUCAGCGAAGGGACCUGCCUCUCUCAGGAUGCAUCUCAUCGAUGCUCUCUACGGUCUCGACGAGCAGACCGUCACAUCUGGAGUAAAAAUUGCGCUGCUGCCGUAAUGCGUGUGUGCCGUGGCUAUCAGUGUUGUAGGAGGUACAGAGUCUGGAGUAAUCUGCAGGAUCGUUUCGUCUCUUUGGUGCUUGGAAAACUGUGAAGCAGAUCGGGUCAGAUUGGCUGUCAGAUCACUCAUCCAUGUGUACCACCCCCCAUCAAUAAUCCGGUGACCAUCCCGGCUGUAGUAAGUACGUACAUAGUUGUCAAUUGUGAUCGAGUAAGCUCUUUUUUUCCUUCAAAGAAUAUAAGAGAGAAUCUUAUCAAGAAGUCAAUCAAGGAUAUCGUUCUUUGCGAA